AUGCAACGACCGCCUUACGCAUUAUAUUUCCAGAUACAUAAUGGAGUAUUCUUUGGUUUGCAUCGAAAUUUGAAUGAGUCAGACAAUAGCUGGCUAAAUAAUGCCACUCAUGCGUAUCAGAUCGGAGCUGAUACAGUUGAUUGCACCUCUAUUGUCUACUAUACUAAAGAAGCCGUGCUAUCCCAAUUCAUGAGGAAUGAAUGCUCAGUGAUUACAUCAUUAAUUUAUUUCUAUAAUAAUAUUUCGGAAUUCAAACGAUUAGAUAUUGACGAUCAAGUUCAACUAAUUAAACUUAAUAUUCGAAAUACUGUUCAUAAGGAUCGUAUUAUCAUUGAGAAUUACGAAGAUUCUUCUCAUAUUGCUAAAUAUAUGUAG